AUGGAUGAGUUUCUCAUUGACCUUUACUACUAUUAUCGAGGAAAAGGAUUCGGCAACAUUGUCGCAGGUCGGUGUGUUGACAUAUUCAUCCUCAUUUUCAUUUUAUCCUUUACAACGUUUCUCAAAUGGGGAAUUGACUACGACUUGUUCUUCAACCGGUGGUCGCUGCAUUCAGAUGUUCAAUUGACUUUAAGUGACUUGGUAAUUAAAGGCUUCUUUUGGACGCGUGUGCCCUUUUCUGUAAAGCUCCUAUUGCUUGGCUUCUCAUGUUACAUUGUGCUUCGCAUUGUUCAGUUAUACUUUGAUUAUCGGUACAAGUUGCAAGAGCUCAGGAACUUUUACACACAGCUAUUAAACAUUCAUAGCGAGCAGGAGCUUCUGACCAUCCUGUGGUCGUCAAUCGUUGAGAGCUUGAUGCAACUCAAGGAUUACAACUCCUUAACCUCGACGACGCAGAACCUUCCUCCUCAUUACGUGAAUGACCUCAGUUCGAAGGUGAGGCUCAAUGCACAUGAUAUCGCUAACAGGAUCAUGAGGAAGGAGAAUUACAUGAUUGCAUUAAUCAACAAGGAUGUCUUGGAUUUGUCUAUUCCAACGCCUUCAUUCUUAGGAAAUAUCCUCUCUAGUAAGGCAGUUCUCACGAGAACUUUAGAGUGGAAUCUCAAACUUUGCAUUAAUAAUUUCAUCUUCAACGAAAGCGGGCAGAUUAAGCCGGCAAUUUUGAAGGAAGGGUCGAGGAACAGCCUAUCCCAUGAACUUAGUGCUCGUUUCAAGAUGGCGGCUCUCAUUAACCUCGUCCUAUGCCCUUUCAUCGUCAUAUACUUCGUCCUAUUGUAUUUCUUCCGGUACUUCAACGAGUACAAAUCCAACCCUUCGUCUCUAAUUGGGUUAAGGCAGUAUACGCCUUGGGCUGAGUGGAAGCUACGUGAAUUCAACGAACUCCCUCACUUCUUUAUGAAGAGGUUGCAACUUUCCAUUGGUCCCGCCAGCACGUACAUCAAUCAAUUUCCGAGUGGCUUUUUAGUUGUCAAUGGCAUGACCGUUGUGAAUUUUGUACUGGGUGCAAUAACCGCGGUUUUGGUGAUAAUGGGAUUACUCUUUGACGACGAAGAGCAUAAUUUUUGGUCAUUUGAGCUUUCUCAAAACAGAACCACGCUCUUCUACAUCAGUAUCUUUGGAACACUCUGGGCAAUUACUUCGAACUCGAUGGACUCAUCUACUGUGAAUCAUUCGACUGAAAAUCAUCGUCAGGGUGCCACAUUUUUUUACGAUCCCGAGGCAAGUUUGCGGUAUGUGUCGCAGUUUACUCAUUACUUGCCCAGCUCUUGGAAUGGACGCCUUCACUCUGUUGAAGUGAAAAAUGAGUUCUGUGAGCUCUACAGCUUAAAAAUCAUCAUCAUUUUGAAUGAGAUCCUAAGCUUAAUCUUGACGCCUUUCGUGCUUUGGUUCAAGGUAUCCAACAACUCAAGUGCCAUAAUUGACUUCUUUAGAGACUACUCCAUACAUGUUGAUGGUUUAGGUUACGUCUGCUACUUUGCUAUGUUCAAUUUUGAGGAGAAGGACAAGAAUAUGAUGCACAGCUUGAACAAGCGCAAGCUGAAGAAAAAAAAGGAUACGAAAGCUCUGAGUAAGGCAAAGCAAUCUGAUCUGGAACAUUCGAGUGACGAACUGAGCGAUCCUGAUCUCCAUGACUACUACCAGGAUGAUAAGAUGAUCAAGUCUUAUAUGUACUUCCUUGAGAGCUACGGCAACAGCGAUCCCAAAAAGCCCAAAGCACUGCGCAUGCAGCAUACAAGCAGUUAUCGGGCCCCUCGAGGUACACCAACAGUAAAAGAAGGUUCGUCAUCGGCACUCCAGGCAUCGAAUGGUUCAAAUCGUUGGAACGGGCUGACUUUGGAUAGCAUCUACGAAUCAACCUACGCUUUAGGCGCUGAAGCGUCCACAUACAGCGAGCCCCAAAGCCGCAAAGGUGUUUUGGGGAUGAUUAAUCAAUUUUCAAAACAGCAAGCAGGAAGGUAA